ACAUUGGCUCUUCAAAGACAUUCACCUCAUCAGAGAAGCCCCUGAGUCCUUUGCAGUGGUGUAGACACGUCCUAGAUAACCCGACUCCUGAGAUGGAAGCAGCCAGACGUUCCCUGUGCUUUAGACUGGAGCAAGCUAGCCGAUGGCGGAGUCUCUUCUCUUCGACUGCCUCCCUGGCGUUUCCUUAUAGUCCUGUUGCAAGACUCAGCCCUUAUAGCAAUGGCAUUAAUACUCCCAGCUUCUCUAAAACCUCAAAUAAAGCAAUACUAACACCUGAGAAAACAGGUUAUACUUCUAGGGGCUCCCCUCUCAGCCCCCAGUCAUCUAUUGACAGUGAGCUGAGUACCUCAGAGUUGGAGGACGACUCCAUUUCCAUGGGGUAUAAGCUGCAGGACCUUACUGACGUUCAGAUCAUGGCUCGUCUGCAAGAAGAAAGCCUCAGGCAAGAUUAUGCUUCAACUUCAGCUUGUGUGUCAAGACAUAGCUCCAGUGUGUCACUGAGUUCAGGAAAAAAAGGGACAUCCAGUGACCAAGAAUAUGAUCGCUACAGCCUGGAGGAUGAGGAAGAAUUUGAUCAUUUGCCACCACCCCAGCCUCGUCUUCCAAGAUGUUCACCUUUCCAAAGAGGAAUUCCCCACUCACAGACUUUCUCCAGCAUUCGGGAUUGUAGGAGGAGCCCCAGUUCCCAGUAUUUUCCUUCCAGUAAUUACCAGCAACAGCAGUAUUAUUCACCUCAAGCCCAAACUCCAGAUCAGCAGCCAAAUAGGACCAAUGCGGGGGAUCAAACUCAAGGGUGUUCCCCACUGGGUGGUACCCCCACCUCUUCAUUGUGCAGUCCUCCUGCCCCGGUCCUUCUCAGUGCUGAUAUAAUUCUUAAAGAUAAACUCCGGAGAAGUAUGCCUAAUCUAGCCCGGAUGCCCAGUACCACUGCUGUUAGCAGCAACAUUAGUUCUCCGGUUACUGUGCGGAACAGUCAGAGUUUUGACUCGAGCUUGCAUGGUGCUGGAAAUGGAGUUUCAAGAAUACAGUCUUGUAUUCCAUCACCAGGACAGAUUCAACACAGGGUCCACAGCGUGGGACAUUUCCCCGUGUCUGUCCGACAGCCCCUUAAAGCCACAGCCUAUGUGAGUCCAACCGUUCAAGGCAGCAGUAACAUGCCUCUAUCCAAUGGCCUCCAGCUGUAUUCCAACACAGGAAUCCCUACCCCGAACAAAGCUGCAGCUUCUGGGAUCAUGGGCCGGAGUGCACUUCCACGACCUUCGUUGGCAAUAAAUGGGAGUAAUCUGCCUCGGAGCAAAAUUGCACAGCCUGUUAGGAGUUUCCUGCAGCCUCCAAAGCCUCUGUCUUCACUCAGCACACUGAGGGAUGGAAAUUGGAGAGAUGGCUGCUACUGAUGCAGCUUUAUGUACUUCUGAAGAAUGGGAAAGAAGUGAAAAUGAGGGUUGUCUUACCUAGCUGGCUGGGUAACAGUGGAUGUUGGGAUAUUCUUUCCCUUUUGCAUUUUAACAUAUUUACUGCGUUGUUUUUCCAUGGACCAAUCACCAGAGACUAAUUAUUGCACUUAAAUAUUUGCCUGAAAUACUGCGACAUUCUCAAACCAGUGGUUGCAGUAUUGUGACUCUUAGAUCUAGAAAGUUUUUGUAGAACUGCUCUGUACCCGAAAUCUUUUUGAGAGAAUUGAGAUGUAUCAAUAAUGCUUUGCCAUAUGAGUUUUUUAAAGUAACUUGUUCGAUUUACCUAUGUGUUCUAAACAUCUUUCCAUUACAUGUUCUGUAUUUUAAUACAUCCCUUAUUUACAACUAGGUUCUAUAACACAUGCUUUGAAUUUUACUUUUUUAUAGUUUACAGGAAUUUUAUUUUUUUGUGCCUAUUUCUUUUUACAUUUCUGUGAACCACUAUCAAACAACUUAAAUUUUGUGCCAUAAAAAUAUUUUUGUGGUAAGGUACUAUUUUUUUAGCUCUAGGGAUAUAUCAGUGAAAAUACACCCUACGAUUUAAGACAUAAUUUUAUGUUGAAUGAGCACAACAUGAUCUGAAGCAUUGCAAGGAGAUAGCCAGACAGCAGAGUUCAAUGGUCUUGUCUUUUUAUUGUUAAUUUAUUGUCAUACAUGAGUUUCAUAUUUAUAACGGUGUCACAGGCUCAUUGCACUUAAUACCUGCAAUGUUUGCUACUAUACCACAAUUGAUUUUCAAUACUUUAUUACCAAGGAUGAAACUGUAAUGUUUUAUUAACAAUGCUUCUGGAAAUGAAUGCAUUUUAAAGCAAAUAAAUCUUUUGAUAGAUCUUUUACAAAAUCCAUUUGCACUAAUGAAUGCUUUCUUAUGGUAUAUGACUUAAUAUUUGUUACUGUGUACACUGCUGUUUUGGAAUGUUCAGAAAUAAAGAUUCUAUUUCAGC